AUGUCCGUGUCAGCAGUACCACAAUACUUCAAAGGUUUCGCAGUCAGCAGCAGCGAAAACUGGAACAAGCCAAAGCUAGUUGAAUACGAAAGAAAGCAAAUUCAACCACACGAUGUUGUCAUCAAGAACGUUGCCUGUGGUCUCUGUGGAAGUGAUCUCCACACUUUGAGAGAGCAAUGGAUGCCUAUGCAGAGAAAGGAACUCGUCGUGGGCCACGAAAUCGUGGGCCAUGUCAUGGCUGUUGGUGACAAGGUCACCCAAUUCAAGGUUGGUCAGCGUGUUGGUGUCGGUGCUGCUAGUGCUUCUUGUAAGGAUUGUGUUCGUUGUAAGAACAACAACGAACACUACUGCAAGAAGCAAGUUCUUACUUAUAACUCUCACGACGAAAAGACCGGGUAUGUCACCCAAGGUGGAUACUCCUCCCACUCUAUUGCUGACGAGGACUUUGUCUUCCCUAUCCCCGAUAAGAUGGACUUCACAGUUGCUGGUCCUUUGAUGUGUGCCGGAUUAACUGUUUUCUCUCCCUUGAUCAGAAACUUGGGUGAAGAUGCUACCGGUAAGACCGUUGGUAUCAUUGGUAUUGGUGGCUUGGGACACUUGGCCAUUCAAUUCGCCAACGCCUUGGGUGCAAAGGUCGUUACCUUCUCCAGAUCCUCUUCCAAGAAGGAACAGGCUUUGAGCAUGGGUGCCGACUCCUUCGUUGCCACUGGUGAAGAAGAGGGCUGGAACACCAAGUACGAAGACUCGUUCGACCUUAUGUUGAACUGUGCUUCUGGUGUGGAUGGCUUGAACUUGAGCGACUACUUGGAUGUGUUGAAGGUGGAUGCCAACUUCGUGUCGGUGGGCUUGCCACCAGCCAAAGAUAGUUUCCAGUUAUCUCCAAUCAGCUUCCUUGGCAAUGGUGGUUCGUUUGGCUCUUCGUUCUUGGGAUCCAAGAAGGAAGCUAUGAAGAUGCUUGAAAUUGCUGCCGAAAAGGGCGUCAAGCCAUGGAUAGAAGAGAUCGACAUUUCAGAAGAGAACUGUCACGAGGCAUUGACCAGAUGCCACAAUGGUGAUGUCAGAUACAGAUUUGUGUUCACUGGAUUUGACAAGGCUUUUGGUAACUAG